AUGUCGGACGCGCCAGUCUCAGCGUUCCCUGGACAAGAGAAUGUUACCCGAGCGUCCUGCCGCGUAUCCAACCUCAACGUCGCAUGGAACAUCAUCCUCUUCUUCGGCGCCAAUAUCAUCGCUCAUGCUCUAACCAUCACCAUUCGUUCUGGCCAGAAGGCUUGGAAGACUUUUCUGGUGUCAUGCGGAGUGAUUUUUUCUCCUUUCAUAGUUCGGAUGAAUUACAGCGAAGCGAUGAUGGACGUCCUUGACGCAUGGCGCAACAGAUGGAGAGAGGCUCGUACAGACAUUUCUUGGAAGGAGCGUUUGCACGUCGCGAUAUUUGGCAACAAGGACAGCAGAUGGCCAUUGCAAACGGCGAUAGAUUCUGGUGCUGUUGCAAUCGAGGUCCCCAAGGACCGGAGAGCACAGGCAGAAGCGGCCCAUUGGCAGGUAGUGGAUAUGGAAGAAGGGAUCGCCCUGUUCGUGGACGGGUUGGCAGUGAGUGAAGAAACAGAAUAUAGGUUGAUUCCGGUGGGAGCCAAAUCGGAGAGUGAAAUCCAGGUCGCUCCAUCGUCAUCCGUGCUGAAGACCGUAGUGACCAUUGCCCAAUUACUCUACACAUCCAUCGAGCUCUAUCAGAGCUACGACAGGGACGUUAGAAUGAACGGAUUGUCUUCUCCCUUCAUUGUCAUCAUUCCGUACGUGGUUGGCAGUUUCAUGAAUCUGAUUAUCAAUAUCUUCCUGGUGUCCUAUCCAUACGUGGUUGUGAUGCGACCUAAGAGUAAGGAGGGUAUCACUACUACCAAGUCCGAGAUGCCAGAGCCAGUUCCAUCGGCGCCUCAGCCGGAGAAACCCUCGAGUGAUCACGAAGAAGUGGCUGUGCCAUCGUUCCCAUCCUACGACUCAGACAAGGAUAAUGAUGAUACAUCGUCAUUGUCUGAGGCCUUCGUAUCGCGUCCGUCAGAUCAUCGGUCCGUUCGUUCUGCUUCGGAAGAGAUGGAACCAGAGAAACCUACAGCCAGCCGACCGGGCACGUUGUCGCAUACAGAGUCGGAGCCACUUCUCCACAAUAUGGCGAGCAGUCGAGCCGAAGAGGGGCUUCCUCUCCCGGUCACUGCGUUGAAAACCGAAAAAGCCGUUGAUGUAGCAGCUGCUGACUCUGAUCUGCAGGAAUUUCUGGCGUGGGUCUACGAGACAUAUGACCUGCAGUACGUGCCCAAGGUCGAGACAGAUCGUUGGAACGGAAUAUUUCUCAACCUGGGCUUUUCUUCCACAAUCGUUUUGACAGUGGCGCUCGUCCUCACCCGUUGCCGUUUCAGCAAAGUUGUACCUGCAGUCAGCUUCGUGUGCUGGAUUUUUAUUGAUUGGAUUGCCUUCAUCGGGGUCGCUAUUUGGGCACUGGCGGAUACCUUGAUUGAAACUAUGUAUGGUACCGACUUCAAGUCAACGUGGCGAAGCUUGUUGGAAAAUGCGAUGAUGGUCGCGUGUGUCGUAUCCUAUGGAGGACUGACUAUCUGGGGGAUAGUGACCACUGUCAUGCUCUUGAUUCCCUAUUUUUCCCAAUGCUCAUGA